AGCACCAAGCUCGGGGGCCCUGCGAGGGGCGUGGGGGGGGGCAGCCAGUUAGCCGUGCGCCUUUCCGGCCUUGAAUGUGUUUUCCAUGGCCAGUUGCAGCUCCAAAGCCGCCACGUCCCUUUUCAAACGCACCUUGGCCUUUUCUCCGCCGCGUGCAGGUGGCGGUGGGUCGAGUUCCUGCUGGACUGGCAGUGGCCGGUUGCGGACCUGCGGCGGCACCCCUCGGCUCCCGCAGCGCUCGCGGCCUCGCUUCCUGAUUGCUCAGGCUGCCCCUCCGCCUGUGCUCCUUUUGCAGGACUCGCUCAGCGACAGCCUCCGGAUAUGUUACAAGUACUUGAACCAAACCAGCCGGAGCUUCGCCGCGGUCAUCCAAGCUCUGGACGGGGACUUGCGCCAUGCAGUGUGCAUCUUCUAUUUGGUUCUCCGAGCUCUGGAUACUGUGGAAGAUGACAUGACUAUCAGUCUUGAAGCUAAGAUCCCCAUGUUACACAAUUUUCACUCCUAUUUAUAUCAGCCAGACUGGAAAUUUAUGGACAGCAAAGAGAAGGACAGACAGGUGCUGGAAGACUUUCCAACGAUUUCCCUGGAGUUUCGGAAUUUGGCAAAAGUCUAUCAAGAUGUGAUUGCUGACAUUUGUCACAAGAUGGGCCUUGGUAUGGCAGAGUUUUUGGAAAAGAAGGUGAAUUCUAACGAACAGUGGGAUAAGUAUUGCCACUACGUUGCUGGCCUGGUGGGAAUUGGCCUCUCCCGUCUCUUCUCUGCCUCAGAAUUAGAAGAUCCUGUUAUCGGUCAAGACGUAGAACUGGCCAACUCCAUGGGACUCUUUCUGCAGAAAACCAACAUCAUUAGGGAUUAUCUGGAGGACCAAUUUGAAGGCAGAGAAUUCUGGCCCAAAGAGGUUUGGAGCAAGUAUGUAAAGAAGCUAUCAGAUCUGUCUAAGCCAGAGAACAUUGACAAAGCCGUCCAGUGUAUGAAUGAGCUCAUUACCAACGCCCUACAUCAUGUUCCUGAUGUCUUGACAUAUUUGUCCCGCUUGAAGAAUCAAAGUGUGUUCAAUUUCUGUGCUAUUCCACAGGUGAUGGCUAUAGCCACCUUGGCAGCCUGCUACAACAACCAACAGAUCUUCAAAGGUGUGGUGAAGAUUCGAAAGGGACAAGCAGUCACAUUGAUGAUGGAUGCUACUAACAUAGAGGCUGUCAAAACCAUCAUGUACCAAUAUAUGGAAGAGAUCUACCAGAAGGUCCCAAGUACAGACCCUUCCUCUGCCAAAACUCAACAGAUUGUCAACACUGUCCAAUCCAUGAGCUUACCCAGUGGUACUCUGGUCUCCCAGACCCAUUAUUCACCUCUCUAUUUUUCUUGCAUUAUGAUUUUGGCUGCAUUGAGCUGGCAGUAUCUGAACACUGUCUCAAAAGCAGCAGAGGAAUAUGUGCACACUGGUGAGAACUGAGGGUGGAGCUGUCUUGUGCUGCGUUUGGAAGGGGAAUAUUUUGAAAUGGGAGAACUUUUUGGAGUCCCAGGAAUGUAAGGAACAAGACUGUGAAUGUUUCUUUGCAAGCUGAUUGAACUGGAAGCCUUCAUUUGAAAGCAUCUGCUGCUGGUUUUGAAGCGUCUGACAAAGAGUUUCCCAUGGAGACAUUUACUUUUUUUCCAGCUAAACUAGCUACAGCCAGUUUUGUUUGAGUCUUACUUAAUAUUUUCUUUUCUGCAGUUUGAUCUGCGUUUGUUUUUGAUGUAGGAUGUUUUUAAACUCUGAUGUUUCAAAGUCUUUGUGAAUUUUGACAGUAAAAAUGUGGUGAUAAAACCACUCCUCUAUGUCCUGCUGUAAUUCAGGCACUGCAUUUUCUGUUCAAAAAAUUUCCAAAGCCUGUACUGUCUUAAGUUGCACUAAUUUAGGAAUUUCUCCUUACAUUAACUUUGGAGAUAGAUAUUUGUCUUAUUACAUGGUUGUCAUUUUUUCUUUCCAUAAAUGUUAUUGUGCCUCUUGGAAAGGCUUCUGUAUUGUAAUAUGCAAGGGAUUUGGGGAGCCAAUAGAGGAAAGUUGUAUAAAUCUUUGAGAGGACAAAA